AUGACCUGCUUACAAUUGCCAGCCUUCUGUGACCUCUCCCCUCCUUCCACCCUCUCCCCUCCUUCCACCCUCUCCCUUCCUUCCACCCUUUCCCCUCCUUCCACCCUUUCCCCUCCUUCCCUACCCUCCUUCCACCCUUUCCCCUCCUUCCACCCUUUCCCCUCCUUCCACCCUCUCCUCCUUCCACCCCUUCCCCUCCUUCCACCCUCUCCUCCUUCCACCCUUUCCCCUCCUUCCACCCUUUCCCCUCCUUCCACCCUCUCCUCCUUCAACCCUUUCCCCUCGUUCCGCCCUCCCCCUCCUUUGCUCUCCCCUCCCGCCUUUCCGAUGCAGGUUUCCUUACGUCGAGGACCGUGGGACUUGUGUUUCCACCAGCGGUACUCUGUGGCACGUCUCUCAGCGUAA